CGCGUCCGCAACUUGUGCAUCUUGGCUCACGUGGACCAUGGCAAGACCACCUUGUCAGACCACCUCAUCGGUUCGAACGGCCUCAUCCAUCCCCGGAUGCAGGGUGAGCUGCGCUACCUGGACAGCCGCGAGGAUGAGCAGGCCCGGGGCAUCACCAUGAAGGCAUCAGCCAUCAGCCUGCUGUAUCUGUCCUCCGGCUACCUGAUCAAUCUGAUCGACUCCCCCGGGCAUGUGGACUUCUGCUCCGAGGUGUCCACUGCGGCACGACUCAGCGACGGGGCGCUGGUGGUGGUGGACGCGGUGGAAGGCGUGUGCAUCCAGACGCAUGCCGUACUACGGCAGGCGUACGAAGAGAAGGUGAAGCCCGUGCUGGUGAUCAAUAAACUGGACAGGCUCAUUUUGGAGCUUAGACUCACCCCCGAAGAGGCGUACGGCAGACUGCGGAGCAUUGUGACGCACGCCAACAUGAUCCUGUCGGCCUUUGCCAGCGAGCGCUACCUUCGGGAGGCGGAUGCGGUGCUGGCAGAGGAGGAGGAGGAGGAGGAGGAGGGCGACGCGUUCGACCCGGUGGCUGGCAGUGUUGCGUUUGGCAGUGCAGCUGACGGCUGGGCUUUUCGACUGGACCAGUUUGCCGAGAUGUACGCUGAGAAGCUGGGGUGCAAGACGGAGGCAUUGGUUCGGGGGCUGUGGGGCGACUGGGCGUUCAGCCCCAAGGACAAGCGCGUGGUCAGGACGUCUCGCAAAGGUGGCGGAGCUGGCGGAGGUAAAUUGAAGCCCAUGUUUGUGCAGUUUGCUUUGGAGCCCAUUUGGAAGGCGUACAGUGUUUGCGAUCCAGGGGAGGAUGUGGGCGGGGUGCUGGGGGCCAUCGUGAGGUCCCGGGGGCUGGGGGGCCUGGUACCCACCAAGGCGCUUGAGCAUCCCGACCCGCGACAGGCAUUGAGGUCCGUGCUCCGCGCCUGGCUGCCGCUGUCCGAGGCGGUUCUGGGUAUGGCGGCCGCACAACUCCCCAGUCCGGCAGCCGCAGCUCCGGUCCGUGCCCCCCGGCUGCUGGGAGGGCCCCCUGGCUCCCCACCGCCACCGGGACUGCCCCUGCAUGCGGCACAGGAGCUGGCGCGACUGGAGGCGUGUGUGGCACGCAGCGACGCAUCGGCUUCUGCUCCCCUAGUGGUGUACGUGUCCAAGAUGGUGGCGGUGCCCCGGGGGCUGCUGCCCAGGGCUCCGGGGGAGGGCGCGGCCGGUGCGCUGACCCAUGGGUCACACUCCCAAGACCCACAGGAAGAGGUGUUCCUGGGCUUCGGGCGCGUCUUCAGCGGCACGGCCCGUCCCGGCCAGAGGGUGCACGUGCUGAAUGGUGCCUACAACCCCGCGGCCCCAACCUGCCAGCGUCAGACUGCCGUACUGGGGGCUGUGUAUAUGAUGAUGGGGAGAGCUCUGGAGAGGGUACAGCAGGUCCCCGCCGGUAACGUGCUCGCAAUGGCCGGGCUGGACACUGCGGUGCUCAAGUCGGCCACCCUGUCCUCCACCCCCGCAUGCCGGCCCCUGGCCUCCCUGAUGUUUCAGGCGGCAGCGAUUGUGAUGGUAGCUGUGGAGCCUGCCCACCCCAGUGAUCUGCCGGCGCUGCUCCGCGGCUUGCAGUUGCUGAACCGGGCUGACCCUUUCGUGGAGAUCAGUGUUCUGGACAGUGGCGAGCACGUGUUGGGUGCUGCCGGCGAAGUUCAUCUGGGCACGUGCCUCAAGGACCUCAGGGAGCGGUUCGCCAAAGUGGACCUGAGGGUAUCCCCGCCGCUGGUGGCCUUCCGCGAGUCGGUCUUCUGCCCCUCCGAGCUGCCCGAGGGCGCCCCCCUGGGAGGGCUGGUGGGGGGCCUGCGAGCCCCGCGGGUGGUGGAGGCCACCACACCCAACGGCGUGUGUGUGGUGCGGGUGCGGGCGGCGGCGCUGCCCGGCGGUGUGGCGGGGGCGUUGGAUGGGCGGCCUGAGCUGCUGAGGAGGGUGCUGGUGGAUGGAGAGGGCUGGCAAGCCGACGCUUCGUCUUCUUGCUCCUCCUCCGCGCCGAGUGCAUCUGCAACCUUGGUUUCGGAGCUGGAGGCCUUACGGGGUGAGCUGCGGGCGGCCGCAAAGGCGGCGGGGCCGCAGCACGAAGCGCGGAUUUUGCAGAUGCUAGAGCGCGCGUGGUUGCUGGGGCCCAAGCGCAUAGGGCCCAACUUACUCCUGGUGCCGUCAAGGAGAGCCAACGGGGAAGACGGGCACUUGUACGACAGCGUUGAUGGCGCCGCAGGGCCGGUGGCGGGGGAGGCGACGACGUCAUGCAGAGCCAACGGCGGGGAAUGUGGAGUUUCGGAGCCACUUGGUCAUGUAGUGGCGAGUGUGGAGUCGGGUGUAGUGGCGGGCUUCCAGAUCGCUACUUCGUCAGGUCCUCUUUGCGAGGAGCCCCUUUGGGGCGUUGCCUUCGAACUCGAAGUACGUCUGCAGCAGCCGCAGCAAGCCGGCGGUAGCCAGGCAGAUGUGUACGGACCGUUCUCGGGACAGGUAAUGACGGCAGUAGCAUUGGCGUGUCGGACGGCAGUCCUGGAGGCGGAUGCACGCCUGGUGGAGGCGCAGUAUCUGUGCCAGCUUACUGCGAGUGCGGAGGCGCUUAGCGGCAUGUAUGCAGUGCUAGGUCGCCGCCGUGCUCGCAUCCUGAGGGAAGAGAUGCGGGAAGGCAGCGACACCUUCCUGGUCAGCUGCUACCUUCCCGCGGAGGCCUCCUUCGGCCUGGCGGAUGAGAUGAGGCGCCGGAGCUCCGGUGCGGCUUCCGCCUCCCUCCUGCUGAGCCACUGGGAACGGCUGCAGGUGGACCCCUUCUUCGCCCCCACUACGGAGGAGGAGCGCGAGGAACACGGAGAGGACGCCUCGGGCCUGACUAACUUAGCCAGGAGGCUCAUUGACGCAGUACGGCGGCGGAAGGGUCUGCCGGUGGAGGAGAAGGUGGUGGCUCGGGCCACAAAGCAACGUACCCUCAAACGAAACGUGUGA